AGCCAAGCCAUCUGGCUAAGAGAAAACCAGUCAGUCAGUGUUCGGACGACGCCCGCAAAAGACACGUCGCGACGCCUUCCUCACCAAACGACAACGAUGUUAACCCAGGCCUCGUGAACUGGAAUUAUCUGCAGAUAAGCUGAAAGCGCGCUAUCUUUCAAGAUGAUGGAAGUGGAUCACAUUUCGUACAUCUUUGGCUCUUUCACGCGUCGUCGGCAGAGCCAAGACGUGAGCUCGGCGAAGAGAAGAUCCAUAGAACCGGCGAAGUACGUGCACGACAGAUCGAAAUCGGCGCCGCAUUCCGGCAAUUCCAAAAAUCCGAGCCAAAACGUGGAGCUGCCGUCGAGGGCGCGCAGCAUCUGCGGCCAAUCGGAAUCAUCCAUAGACGAAGACAACAAAUAUCGAUGUCCCAAAUGCAGCAGACACUUUCUGGAACCGAGGGUUCUCCACUGCUUGCACACAUUCUGCACCAAAUGUCUGCAAGAGCUGGAGUUCUGCUACGAUCCACCUGCAUGGAACAACGGUUCAGACGUAAGUUCUACGGGUAACGGAUCUGGGGGUUCGGGUUACGUGAGCGAUCGUCAGGAGGCUUCGGAGAGUGCAUCUCAAAUGGGAAGAACAAUACAGUGUCCGAUAUGCAGAGCUCGCACGGAUAUUCCUGCUGAAGGUAUCUUGGGUUUACCUCCGAACUUCCUCAUCCAACAUCGAAUGGUUUUGGCUACCCUCAACGCCCACACGACGAAACUGCUCUGCGAUCUUUGCCCCAAUGAUGUCACGGCUACGAGUCGUUGCACCGAGUGUGCGAUGAGUUUGUGCGUGAAAUGUGCGGACGGUCACGCCAGACAGAAGAAGUCCCACGAGGUUUUGGGGUUGGAUGAGGCGCGCCGAAGAGGAAUCACUAACGUUCGAAGGCAGGUCAUGUGCUCGGUGCAUCCGGAACGCGAGCUCUCCAUCUUCUGCGCCACUUGUUGCCAGAUCGUGUGCAGGGAUUGCGUGAACGGAUUACACCGGGGGCACACGCACGACGUGGCAAAUCGCGCCGCGAAAUCCCAGAUGACGAACAUGAGGAUCGCCUUGGAGAGGGCUAAAUCGCUGGCCGAGGAGGGAUCUCUGAACGAGCUGGAAAUGGUGAGGACGUCGGAGAGGGUAGAGAAGAGAUGCGACGAUAUGCGAGGGGAAAUCGAGAGCUUCAUGGAGGAUUACGUGAGAGCGGUGGAGGAGCACCGGAAGAACCUCCACCAGCAGCUGCUGGAGGCGAGAAACGAGAAGCAGCAGUUGAUCGAUAGGAGCAGGGACGAUCUGCAGAGGAGGUUGAAGGAUGCGAGGGAUGCUGUUGCAUUCGCCGAUGAGUUAUUGCGUGAAGGGACGGAUGUGGAAGUUCUCAGCUUCGUGAAGCCGAUAAUGAGGCGACUCGAGCACUGCUACAAAUUGGACGGGGGAAGGGAUUUGAGUGCGUCGGGAUCUCUGCAGUUUCUCCCUAAAGAGAUGGCCACGAGCGACACCUGUUGUCCCUUGUACGGCGUCAUCACAGCCCAAACGGUCUCCGUCAAGCAUUGCAUCCUUCACACGAACGGUUUACAGAACCUUCGAGUGGGUCGUCGGGCGGAAGUUAUUUUGGAAACGCACGACGUCAGCGACAACCCCUUGCAAAGGGGAGGUGAACAUGUGACCGCUGAGUUGAGGCAUCGCGACGCUGGCGUCUGUCGUUCCCUGCAGAUUCACGUGGAAGACCGAAGGGAUGGAACCUACCGCAUCUGCUUCAUACCGGAUGUUGCGGGAAAGUUACGGCUGUUCGUUUACAUCAACGAUCAACCACUCAAGGAGGGACCCUUACCGAUCUUGGUGAAGACGCUGCGGCCUCACCACGGCACAUUCCAUUGCUGCAGCUUUUGCUCGAGCGGCGGCAGCAAAGAAGCGGCUUGCGGUUGUGGCGGAAAGAUGCCUGGAGGUUACAGGGGAUGCGGACACGGCCACGAAGGACAUCCGGGCCGAAGACACUGGUCCUGCUGUGGAAACGUCCUCGAACACUCCGAAUGCAUCCGCUCCAACUCUAUAAGUCAUUACCAAUUUACCCUCUAAAUUAUAACACAUAGAUUCAUAUUUUUGUGAUAAAUAUACUCUAAAUAUAAUCAGAAAUUCUAUUAUUGUAUG